UACUUUGUCAUCAUUAUUUACUUGAGCUAAAAAUAAUGUUUGGGUUAAGUAUUGCAUGCACCGUGUUUGUGUUUUGCGUGUCAAAAUACAAUGUCUUAUUUAUUAGCGACACCUUUCACCAGCAGAUAGCUGUCGACAGCAACUAACAAAUGCGUUGCGCAUUCAAAAUGACAGCUCGCGUCUUUGAAAGGCAAUGUGAAACCAGCGCAUAGGACUGAACAAGAUUUUUUGAAGUUUGAUACCUUUAUAUAAUUAUUGUAAUGACUAGGUGACGAUUCUUUGUCCUCCUUAUAGUCCGCUUGUAUGGAGCCCGACUUUUCUUUGUCAUGUCCCUCCUCCGUAGCGCAAUGUUUGGACUCUAGACGUGUCUGUGAUCGUUCCUGGGUUGGUGAUUGGUAGCUAGUAGGAUGACACCGUCAGUUUUGUUGCUCCUCUCUCCUGCGUUCUACAACAUGGCCUACUGUAUGCGGUUUCCAUGGUGAUGGACCCUCCUGGCGGGCAAGACGAGCGGCGGCGUCAGGCAGAGCGUCUUCGAAGGGAGGAGGCCUACUAUCACUUCAUCAACGAGCUGAGCGAGGAGGAGUACCGCCUCAUGAGAGACAGCAACCUGCUGGGCACACCUGGUGAAGUGACAGCGGAGGAGCUACGGCAACGCCUGGAUGGUGCAAAGGAGCGUGUCUCGUCUCACCCCCGCGCGGACCCACGGCCACACAACAUGGAGGCCGGAGAGGAGGAGGGGAACAGUGGUGCCGCCGAGCCUGGAGCGGAGACGUCUAACGGCGACUCACUGCUGGAGUGGCUAAACACGUUCCGGCGCACCGGGAACGCCACGCGCAGCGGCCAGAGUGGCAACCAGACGUGGCGCGCCGUCAGCCGCACCAAUCCCAACAGCGGGGAGUUCCGCUUCAGCCUGGAGAUCAACAUCAACCACGAGCAGCCGGAGCCUGGGGAGCACAGUGACGCACCCGACCCGCCAGAGCUGGCCCCUGGCCCCCCGCCGACCACCACGGCCCCCUCAGUGUCCAUACGCGCCGCCCCCUCCGCUCGCCCCUCUCCCUACGCCCCUGCCCGGCCCUCGCCUUACCCUUCGCCUCGAGCCGCGCUGGGCAGGCGGGCUCAGACCCGGCGCACACGCAGCAGUACCACCGCCUCUCCUGUGACUCCUCCACCCCCGGCCGCGUCCCUGUCUCCCCCGACCGCUUUGAGGAGGAGCGCUGUAGCGCUGCACCUCCCACCGACCCCGAUCCUUCCCACCCCCACUACCCUUCGGGAUCCGAGCAACCCCACUGAGCUCCAACCCCCGAGCCGAGCAUCCUCCCCGGGGGAGGGUCAGGAGGAGGGGGUGCCCAACCUGGACUGCCCCCGUGUACAGACACAGUCUGGCCUCCAGGGGGCGCCUGUGGGGCGUGAGCCGCGCGGCAGCAGGACUCGAUCCCGCGGCCGAAUUCGCAGGGCUGCCGCAGGGGGUGGAAAUUCCUCCCGGUCGUCUAGGAGACGUAGCCGCUCCCCUCUUCAGAGGAACCCUCCCCCUAACUUGGCUGCCUCUCCCCCUGGCGGUGGGAGUGGGAAUGACGGGUCUAAUGAUGGGCCCGUGGCCGAGGCAACCAGUGGAACUGCCUCUGUCUCCACAGAGACUGGUGAGUCUGUGUCAGAACCGGCCGUGCUAGUCGAGCCUGGACCGGAGGCUGGGGAGCAGGAGGGGGAGGCGCACGCGGCCGGGGCCACCGGAGGGGUGCGGCGCCACCCCACCAUCAUGCUGGACCUGCAGGUGCGUCGCAUUCGGCCAGGGGAGAACCGGGACCGGGACAGCAUCGCCAGUCGCACCCGCUCCCGGGCCCGCGCCGCCGAGAACACGGUCACCUUUGAGAGCGACAGCGGGGGCUUCCGCCGCACCAUCUCCCGCUCAGAGCGGGCCGGGAUCCGGACCUACGUCAGCACCAUCCGGAUCCCCCUGAGGAGGAUCAGUGAGACGGGCCUGGGGGAGCCGAGCUCCACGGCGCUGCGCUCCAUCCUCAGGCAGAUCAUGACCGGCUUCGGAGAGCUGAGCUCCCUCAUGGAGACCGAGGCUGACUCUGAGACGGCCGGGGGCACUCCCGGUCACCAGGACUCGGCCGGACCCAACGCCAACGCCGCACAGACCUACCGUAGCCAUGGCAACGAGAGUGGCACUGGGGCGGGAGGCCCGGCAGGAGGGGCGCAGACCGUGAGAGACGGGUUGGCAGGGGCUGAGGAGGAGGGGGGGGACCAGGGCAGGUUAGGCGGUAGCGGCGGAGGCGGAGUCCCUAUGCCCAACGAGGGUCGGCCGACGAGCCGGGACACCAACAACCUGGUGGAGAACGGCACGCUGCCCAUCCUGCGGCUGGCCCACUUCUUCCUGCUCAACGACGAGGAGGACGAGGAGCACCCGCGCGGCCUGGCCAAGGAGCAGAUCGACAACCUGGCCACGCGCACCUACGGCCAAGCCAGCCUAGAGGGGGAGGUGGGGCGCGCCUGCAGCGUCUGCAUCAACGAAUACGCCCAAGGGAACAAGCUGCGGCGCCUACCCUGCGCCCAUGAGUUCCACAUCCACUGCAUCGACCGCUGGCUCUCUGAGAACAACACCUGCCCCAUCUGCAGGCAGCCCAUCCUCCCCGCACACCACGACUGACCCUGCCCUGAACUCUGGGACAAAAAAAAUUGAAAAAAUAAACUGACUGCCUCCACCUCGCCCCCUGCUGGCUGAACUGAGUUGGAGGUGCCUGUACAUAGCGCUUCAAUGUUUUCAUCUAUCAUUGAGAUAUCCAUUGUGUUCAAGCUAAGAAAUGGUAGAACUCAAAGCAGUGGCUUGGGGGAGAGAAUUAUAAUGCAGAGAAUUAACAAAGCUUUAUUUUUUUAGACUUUAUUUUCAGCACCUUUUUUGUUCUCUUGUUUUUUUUCUUAUUGUCCUGGUUUUUUCUUCGGCCUCUCUGUCACAAUGCUUCUGAGGUCCACGAUUACAGACGGCACUUAUGCUUAAAGAGCUACUAUGGCCGGCCAGUGCUGAUCAGUCUCACAUUAACACUUCCACCUGAUAGGCUGUGAUGUUACCCGGUCACAAACAGGCCACAGCCGUCAGCAUCUCCAGACUUGAUUUGGUUGUGAAUGUGUCAUCGCCGGCUGUGUUUUACUGUUGAGAAGAGAAAGUCAUCAGUCGCCCUUGCAUUUUAAGCAAAAAGCAGGAAAACUAUUUUAAGUAGAAGCCAAUAUUGGAAUCUUCAAUUUAUUUUAAACCUCCAUUGUCCCUUUUAAAGCAUUUCACCAUCUAUACAUUUCUUACAGCAUUUGACAUGAAAAUUUUAGUACCUCAAGUCAGAAAAAAAAAUCUAAAGCAAAUCAUAGGUGAUUUAGCUGUUACUCUUGUUAUAAGACUCUAAUGUUAUGGAGAGGCCAAUAAUGUGGCCAAUAACAUGAAGGGAGAAGGAAAUGACCAUUUUGCUUACUGUACUUAAAUUUACAAAGUUCAUAGUGUUGUUCUCAGUUAUUUACUCCUGGGCAUUGAAGAUCAUUUAAUCUGUUGGGAAAAGGAGAGUGCCUGCUUUGAAGUAUUCUCUCCCCCCUAAUCCCUCGUCUCCUCGAGAUAGCCCACACCACUCCUCCAAUCAAAAGGAGUUCAUCGUCCCCUAUUCCACUCCACAUCUGUGUUUAAAGCACCUGCUCUAAUAAAACCUGCCUUUCAUGGGCUGACUUGUCA